GUAAACUAUGAAGAGUCUUGCUCUAGCGUGACAGAAACAAGAUCAGUACUAUUUGAAGUCACCAUGAUUGAUGAUGAGUCACUCUGAAGGAAAGGCUGAAGUCCAGGUAACACGCCCUGGUCACGCAUUUCCCUUCAGCCCUGCUACAGCACCACCUCACCCUCAUAUAAAUCAGUGGUGCCGCUUCUCUGUACCAGAACGCCUUCCACUGAAACCAUUUCGACAAGAUCGAUUAGCUCGCCUGCCUUUACCAGCUUCGCUCAUGGCAAAUAGUAAAGUAGCUAACUCAGCUGGCACAAGUGUAUUUCCAACAACUAUGCUAAACACUAAACAUUCUAGAGAAAUGGAUCCUUUUCAAAAAAUACAACAAUUGGAAAAAAAUCUUGCAUUUGUACGAGAAAACCACGCUGCUAUGCUCAAAGGUUUGCAUGAAGAAAUUUCAGAUUUGAAGCAGAAAAAUAGAGAACUAAUUUUUGAAAUUGUGACUGGACUACCUGCAUUGCCAAAAGAAGAGUCACCUAAAAACUGUGAAAAAGAUAUUUCUGAAGAACAGAAAGAUAAAAUUGAGAAGUUGGAAAAAGAAAUUAGAAAAUUGCGUGUUGCACUUAAAGAUGCAAUGAAAACUAAUUCAUCUCUAACUAAUCAGUUACACCAAUUAAAAAGAGAAAAAUAUUCUAGAUCAUCCCAUGUUAAAGGUAGCAGUAAAACACCUCCUGAUUCAGCUAUUGAUGACGGGCAACAGAGUCCCAGAGGACCAUCUCCACAGAUGGAGGAAUAUACUGAUACUUUAAGACAGAUUCAAAGAGCAGCAACUCAUCAUAGUGGAAAGCAUGGAGAUAGAAGGCAUCGUAGUGACAAUGUAAAAAAUGAGUGGUCAGAUGCAUACAUACGUAAUGGAAAUGGUUAUCAGCACAAUCGUCAUAAUCAUCAUCAUCACCAUCAGAAAUCAUUUCAACAAAGUCAGCAGCAACCUAGGCUUCCAAGGUUACCUCUACAUAAUCAGCAAAAUUACCAACAUCAGCAAUAUGAAAUUCAGUAUCGUCAAAGAAAUUCCAGUUCACUGCCUGCUUUGAAGCAGCCUCUUGUUCCUGUUGUUGACCAAAGAUUUGAUAAACCAAGAAAAAAUCGAGGCCCAAGAGCUGCAAAGUUUGCGGAUCAAGUUAUAAAUGGUUGAAUAUUUCAUAGAAUUAAGGAUUGAAUAAUUUAUUCUUUAGGUGAAAAAAAAAUGUAAUUUCUAUAUUGUUCUUUGCAUUCGUAGCAGCUAUGAAAUUGAAAGUUUUAGAUGUUUAUAAAAUGUAAAAAAUAUUUUGU